CAAGGUGACGUCGGCGGCCACCGUCGGUAAUCCUAGGCUCUAAACAAUGUGGUGGUCUGCUGCUCCCUUCACACCUUAACACGCCCUCCUAUCCCUAUCUAUCCCUGGCGCAGUCAUUCUCUUUUGCUCUCCCAAGACAGCCCAGAACAGCUAUUAGACAAACAACUCAAGUGCUAGUUCCCAUCCCAGGCCGGCCCUCACGCCCCCUAAGAUGGAGACCCCUUCCAAGACCUUCACCCGAGCCGAGGUGGCCAAGCACAAGACGGAAGACAGCGUGUGGUUCAUCGUCGACGCCGUCGUCUACGACGUGUCGGACUUCCUCGACGCCCACCCAGGAGGCGAGGCCGUGCUGCGGCAGGUGGCGGGCGCCGACGCGACGGUCGACUUCUACAACCUGCACCGGCACGAGGUGCUGACCAAGUACGCCGACCUGGCCAUCGGCAGGGUGGAGGGCGAGCAGCAGAGCGUCAUAAACCCGCAGCCGGGCGACCUGUGCCCGGUCCCGUACGCCGAGCCGCUGUGGCUGACGCCGCCGUUCAAGUCGCCCUACUACAACGACUCGCACCGCCGCCUGCAGCGCGCCAUGCGCGACUUCACCGACCGGCACAUCACGCCCGAGGCGCAGGAGAACGAGCGCACGGGCGCCCACAUCAGCCAGGGGCUGGUGGACCGCAUGUCGCGCGCGGGCGUGCUGCACAUGCGCAUGGGGCCCGGGCGGCACCUGCACGGCGUGGAGCUGCUGGGCGGCGGGGUCGUGGACGGGGCCGAGUUCGACUACUUCCACGACAUGAUCUGCGCGCAGGAGCAGGUCCGCGCCGCCGCCCGCGGGUUCCAGGACGGCAACGUCGCCGGCAUGGUCAUCGGCCUGCCGUGCGUGCUCAACUACUGCCGCGACCCGGCCAUGAGGGACCGCGUCGCCGGCGAGGUGCUCGGCGGCAGGAAGAGGAUCUGCCUGGCCAUCACCGAGGCGUUUGCCGGGUCCGACGUUGCGAACCUGCGCACCACGGCCGUGAAGACGGCGGAUGGGAAGCACUACAUUGUGAACGGCACUAAGAAGUGGAUCACCAAUGGCGUAUUUAGCGACUACUUCGUCACCGGCGUCAAGACGGACAAGGGCCUGAGCGUGCUCCUGAUCGAGAGGGGAGAGGGCGUCGAGACCAAGCCGAUCAAGACGUCCUACUCCGCGGCAGCGGGCACGACGUUCAUCACGUUUGACAACGUCAAGGUCCCCGUCGAGAACCUGCUCGGGGAGGAGAACAAGGGCAUCUACGUGAUCCUGAGCAACUUCAACCACGAGCGGUGGUCCAUGGCCUGCGCGUCGGCGCGCUACAUGCGCCUCGUGGUGGAGGAGUCCCUCAAGUGGUCGCACCAGCGCAUCGUCUUCGGCAAGCGCCUGAUCGACCAGCCCGUCAUCCGCCAGAAGCUGGCCCGCAUGAUCGCGCUCUGCGAGUCGCACCAGUCCUGGCUCGAGGCCCUGACCUACCAGAUGUGCCACAUGCCCUACGCCGAGCAGUCGCGCCACCUCGGCGGGCCCGUCGGCCUCCUCAAGAUGAGCUGCACCCGCGCCGCCCACGAGAUCGCCAGCGAGGCCGUCCAGAUCUGGGGCGGGCGCGGGCUCACCCAGACGGGUAUGGGGAGGGUCAUUGAGAACUUUGCCCGCACCGUCAAGUUUGACGCCAUCUUGGGCGGUGCCGAGGAGGUCCUGGCCGACCUGGGUGUGAGGCAAGCCAUGCGGAACAUGCCCAAGUCUAUGCUAUAAGACGAAGACGCGGAAUAAGAUAAGAGAGACGGUCCCUUAAGAGGCCGUUCUUGGUCCGGGGGCGUGUGGUCCGCUGGCAAGCUGUUGGGUGGGAUCGCUUCCGCUUGGUGAGCACGGCGGGACCAUCCAUGGAUGUUUACUUAUUAUCAAGGGCCGCUUCCAAGCGCAGUG